UCGGAUUCGCAAUUAAGAGGGCGAACAAUGUAAUACACGAAGCCGUGGGAGCCUAGUAUUACUGCGAAAAUAUUUUGUGUAAACUAGCCUGAAGGAAAAUCGGCUUAAUAUUAAUUAUAAAAAUUGGUUAAUCGAAAUAGCAACAUGGCAACAUUUUAGGCGAAUAAUUACCGAGUUCUUGUUCUGUAUUUAUAUAGUGACGAAAUCUAAAAAUACACUUGCAAGUGAGAGUAUUGUUACGAAUUUGCAACCAAAGGAAUAUUGAUAAUAAACUCAAUUUAUGUCGAACCCAAUUCAAAAUUAUUUAAUUGCUAUAACUCAAUUUAUAUGUGCGACAUUUUCUGCUGGCCAACAUAAAUAUAAGGAACUUCUUCAGCCAAUUUUCUUUCCAUCUCCAUCAGUGAGACGCCCUGUGUCUCAUUUAACUGAAGAGGAACAAGUGAAAAUAGCAAAACGAAUUGGCUUGAUUCAGCAUCUACCAAUCGGUACUUAUGAUGGAUCUAAAAAAUCCCGGGAAUGUGUUAUUUGUAUGAUAGAUUUUUGUGUUGAUGAGGCUGUACGAUAUUUACCGUGCAUGCAUAUAUACCAUGUUCAUUGCAUCGAUGAUUGGCUCAUGAGAAGUCUAACUUGCCCAAGCUGUAUGGAGCCGGUUGAUGCAGCUCUAUUAACAAGCUAUGAGACCACAUAACAUUUACAUCGUCAACUGAUUUAAAAAAAAUUUUAGUUCCAUUGCUUCUCCUUAUUUUUCGAAGUUAUUUUUAUGGAAAAGUAGUACUAAAUACACGAAGUCCAAAACAUCUGAUGGAUGUUAAAAUAUCUGUCUGCAAAAAAUGAAAGAAUAUGUAUAUAGAUAUCAUAGCGCAUAAAUUAGUUAAAUUAUGAUUUAUUAAAUUUAAAAUUGUUGCGCUAAUUGAAUUUUAGAAUGUGAAUAUAUUUUUUAUAAAAUAUUAAUAGCUGUCAAAUGUGAAAAGAAGCCUAAGUACUAUACAUGUGCAAAGGUAUCCAGAAAAGUAUUUUAAUAAUAUGUUGUAAGCUUCCAUUCUCUGUACAUAGAUAAGUUUUGUGAUCAAAUAAAAUUAGAAAUAUAAUAAGUAGGUCAGCACGCUUUUGAAAUUCCUGAAAAAUUCAGCGCAUUGUCAGAAAAUGUUAUCAUCAGAGAGCAUUUACACAAUUUGAGUUAUAAUAAAGGUGCCGUCAGACGUAGACAUACGAGAGGAUUAGUUGGUGACUUUUAAAUUCUUUCAGGUUUCGGCGUAAUUCACAACCAAUAAAAAAAAUUCUGUGAAUACCAAACUGCAUACGCAACGGUUGCACCGUCUUUAAAGACUAUUUCUAAGUAGUUCCGAAGAUUCCAGACCGGACAUUUUUCCAUAGGGGACGAGCCCCGAGAUAGUCGACAAGACCCACGAUUGACACAAGAAAUGAUUGACCACGAGUAUUAAGUAAUCCCAGAUACACGAAGAAAUCUGCUCGAUGGGUAGAAUUUUUAUUUUUUCCUGAACAAAUUCGAAAAUAUGCAGUUAAGCAAAUUUUAUAAAAGUUUUUACUGGUGACGAUUUUUGGUUUCAUAAGUACGAUCCAGAAACCAAACAUCAGUCCACGGUAUGGAGCCCAACAGGAGCGAACCCGUAAAAUCCAAACAACAAAAAUCAGCAUCAAAAUUAAUGAUGUCAGUUUAUUUUACUGCUAUUCCACUGGAAAAAGGUCAGACGAUAACUACAAAACGAUACACCGGAGAAUGGCUAUCAAAAAUUUCCAACAUUUUAGUGGAAAACAGCAAGAAAGAGGAUUUGCGGCGUUACUUUUUACAUCAUGACAACGC